AUGCCGAUGGCGCAAAGGCAUGUGCGACAGGUUACGACCCGUGCCGACAAGCAGCGCGGACGCACGUUGCCUAGGGCAACGGGGGUAGUCGAUGCUGAGCAUUAUUAUGAUGCUGGCCAAAUCAGUACAAGUAGUGAAAAUAACCGUCCAAUUCUUGAAGAAACAAUGGUUGCAGAUAAAUACUAUGAAAUCGAUAAUAAUGUUGCCACGAACUUGCAGCAUCCUAGUGGGGACUUCCUUCAAUAUUCUGCUAAUAGUAGUGAAGUCAUAGAUGACACAGAUGAAGAAUAUUAUAGUGAGAACUUGAACACAUUUUCUAAUAUUGGACAAAAAAGCAAAGUAAAUAUUAAACGAAAUGAAAAAGUUUCGAAAAGAGAGCUAAAAAAAUAUUUACGAUCCGUUAAGUUUGAUCAAAAUUCUGUGGCUUCCACUAAUAAUAGUAUAAUAUUAUUAUCAUCACCGCUUACAUGUCAAAACCGAAAAGCACAACAAUUUAACUCUCAGGCUACACCUGUUGACGAGGUACAUAUCGUUGACGAUAUCCAGGACAUGCCUUCGGAUGUUGCCUUUGCAUCUGCACCAGAAAUAAAGAAUACCGCUCAGACUACUUCUGUUGACGAGAUACUUACCGCUGACGUUGUCCAAGACAUGCUUUCGGAUGCUGUCUUUGCACCCGCACCUGAAAAGGAGAAGAUUUCUCAGACUAUUCCUAUUGACGAGGUACUUACCGCUGACUUUGUCCAGGGCGUGCCUUCAGAUGUUGUCUUUGCACCCGCACCUAAAAUAGAGAAAUUCUCUCAAAAUACUCCUGUUGCCGAGGUACUUACCGCUGACGUUGUUCAGGGCGUGCCUUCAGAUGUUGUCUUUGCACUCGCACCUGAAAUAGAGAAAUUCUCUCAAAAUACUCCUGUUGCCGAGGUACUUACCGCUGACGUUGUCCAGGGCGUGCCUUCAGAUGUUGUCUUUACACCCGCACCUGAAAUAGAGAAAAUUGCUCAGACUUCUCCUGUUGACGAGGUACUUACGGCUGACGUUGUCCAGGGCGUGCCUUCAGAUGUUGUCUUUGCACCCACACCUGAAAUUGAGAAAAUUGCUCAGACUUCUCCUGUUGACGAGGUACUUACUGCUGACGUUGUCCAGGGCGUGCCAUCAGAUGUUGUCUUUUCACCUGCACCUGAAAUAGAAAAGACCGCUCAAACUACUCCAUCUGACGUUAUAAGUAUACAAAAGGGUUCUCCUUCAAUCAUUACUUUUGAUACAUCGUUUUUUGAUUCAAUAACUGACACCAGUGAUCUCGAUAUGAAUUCUAAACAAUCAAUACGUAGUAAGAAAUUUCGUAAUAAGAUUUUAAAAUCCUACGUUGAUUAUCUUUCUGACAAUGAAGACUUUUCAGCAGGUAGUUCUGAUCUUUGGAGUAUGAAUGAGUCCGAGAGUUCAAUUAAUAGAGAGAAUAAAAAGAAAAAGUGUACUAAAAAGAAACAAAAAGUAACAGAUAAGAACGAAAAGACAGCCAAUACCAUAGAAAACUUAAUUAAGGUCAAAACCAAAAAAGAAAACAAAACUAAGCUUAGGAAACAACAAAGAAACGCCGGUAAGUCUUAUGAAACAAGAUCAGGAAGCACAGUAGAAGAGAAAACGAUGAAAAUAAACCCAUGUUUACCUGGCGUAUGUUCUAGAAAAUGUUACGAAGUGUCAGAGGAAAGAAGAAUGGGCCUAUUUAAAUAUUUCUGGAAUCUAGAUGUUCAACGUCGAAAAGACUGGAUCGUAAGAAGCGCACAAAGGAUUCCUAUUAAAAGGAAAAAAAACCAACUGUGUUGA